CGGAGAGCAUAGGAAAAUGGCGGGCAACAAAUAUACACAGUUUGUCGAGAGUGAUUUUUGGUCGCCUUGAGGUUGAGUGAGGUUGAGUACGUAUCGCAGAAGGGCUGGACAAGAGGAGACGGCAGAGGUUUCGGCAGAAUUCACGUGUGGCGCACAGAAACUGGCUUAGUUCCAAGUUUAUCGUUCUGUUUGCUGAGUGCAUGCGGCGAGUGUUGGGGAAUAGGAAGCCUGCAAUUACAAAGCCUUCGACGAGAGGAGCGAUGCAAUCCCCCCGGGCCUUAAAGGGCAGACGUGUAGGGAUUCGAGGCAGACGAUGAUGCAUAGGACGACGAGCGUAUGUCGGUAGGACGGCAGGCAUUGGUAUCGGUGGGUCUUUGCAAAGGGAGACUGCGCGCUGUCAUGAUGCGGAGGCGUGUUAUGGGGGCGUCUUGCCUCAGAAGUGGACUGACCUUUUUGUGUGGUUCAAGCUGUUUCAGUGACCGUUGUCGUCUUGUGCGGUGACUUGUGGCUCGAGAAACUUGUGUAUAUAUAUGCUCAGUCGCCCUCAAAAUACGCCGGAAGAUGUCCAGAGAGUACCUCAGUCUCUCACUGAUUUCGCAUCGUCAACGCACGUUCGACUUGCGCCUGCAUCUGCGUAGGCCGCAGACGUAUAGAGUAAUUACGUACGGUCAUCUUUGCAUUGAUUGAUUUAUCGUAUUGCGUUCGCAGGAUAUCGAUCAGAUAGAUCAUCGGCAUUCGUUGCCAUGUGGUGAAGGUGAAGCCUACACAACCACACAACCGUGCGCUGCAGAUGUGGAUGUGUGUGUGUGUGUGUGUGUGGUGUCUUUCAGCCUUAUGGAGAAUGAUCAGCUGUCACUGUCUAGUGGCGAUUUCGUUGACGGAUCGUCGGACUCGGAUGAUGAUUUGUCGGCUGGUAACCGUCACGAGUCAGAUGAUGAUUUUGUGCCCGAGACGUCGAACGAACCUGAGGAGUUUCAGACUGAUGCGGCAGACCACGAUCCUGAAGAUGGGGAACAGCAUGAGGAAGAGGAGCCAUCUGAUGAGCCAACAGCAGCGGCCGGCACUGGCAGGUCACAGCCAUGUUGUCUCAAUUGUGGGCUUCCUGGCCACAAUUGUCGUACCUGUCCACUGGUGUGUCAAUUGUGCGAGGACCCGGAAUGCCCGAAGGGCCGCCGCUGCCCUAAGUUCAAUCAAUAUCGGGCUUAUCGACGCCCUGCAGUGCAACGACAGCAGCGUUCAGCAACCACCACUCGGUUCGUUCUCGACGACGCAGCAGCCAACCAUGCGUUUGCAAGCGGCUGCUGUCACAAUUGCGGUGGGGUGCCCAUUCAAGGCUACCACAUUCCGAUGGUGCUAUUGUCGGUGCCUUUGAGUGCUCUUCGGCAUCGAAUGUGGCAGGAAUCGCGAAGUGGUUUCCUUGGUCGCUUCGAGAGGAUGCAAAACAUCCGGCAGGCCGAGUACCAGCUGUGUGAGGAGUGCGCUUGUCACCUGUCGACUAUGGAUGGCCAUCCGGCAUAUCGAAGUGUGAAAUGCACGAGCUGGAGUGUGAUGUGGCCCGCCGUGAUUGCAGAUAGCAUCGGCAGAGGAUCGAUUGCGGAUGCGAUGAAGGUGUUGGAUCUUCCGCCGCCAUCAGUCACGGCAUUUUGGGCGUCUGCUGCGCAGUUUUUCGACGUGUAUAGCUUCCAGCAUGGCCAGAGGGUGCUUCUGUCGUCUAUUGGCCUCUUCGGUGCCGUCCCGAUGUAAGUGAGUGAAGUCUCGGUUGAUAUGAUGUCCACACUGUGUCUCUAUGCAGUCAUCCUAUGAAUCGACAGUCAGUGUUUCGAGACAUGACAAUCGAGAGGCCAGCGGCUAUCGAUGCGAUAGAGGGCCCCGCUCGCGACAAGUAUUUGCAAGCGCGUGAGGCGUUUGACAAGCACCUUUUCGAGGUACGAUAUAAUUUCGGGUAUCCACGUUCGAGACGAUGUGGGUCUGUGUGUGUGUGUGUGUGUAUGUAUGUGUGUGUGUCAUCCAGGUGCGGUGCCCUCUGGGCUGUUGGGAGUUCAUCGAGAAGACGUGGGUGCAUCCUUUGGGACAAGUGUGGCAUCUUGUCGAUCGCAGCUACAGCGGGAAGCACACCAUCGUGACGGACGGCUUUCGCACAGACUGGCUAUCUUCGGAUAUCGACCCGCGAUUCUUCUCGUGGACGGUGACGCCGUGUCUCGUUUGGGACCGCAAGUUAGGCUUGGCCUACUGUUCCUGUCACGAGCAUCCAAACAUGAGGGAAGUGGGCAAGAGGUUCUUCUUCCACGUCCCGAGAAACCCCUUCAUGCCCGGCAUCGUGACUCCUACGGAUGCCGACCGCCUUGCAAGAGUCGUCGCGCAGCCUCACUACUUCAAGUCCCGGCGUGUUGGGCCAAAUUGUGCUACGACGAGCAUGUUGCAUCUCAAUGUAAAGUACGAUGGUGUAUCGUCCUUCAGUUUGGCGUUACGGGGCCGAUUCGAUCGUCGAGAUCCUCGUCUCUAUGCUCUGGAAGGGUCCAUGUUGAGCUGCCAUCGCCAGCUGCGUGAAUAUCAUCUUGUGGAUGAGGACCCUGAUCACGUCUUUUGGGUCGAGGAGCAGAUGGCGGGCUACAAGCGAGAGUAUGCAGCCGAGUCGGCUCGCGCGGCUCGUGAGCCUUUUCAUGGUGUAGAGGGCUGUGGAGGUACUUAUAUGCCGCUGAGCGAUGCGCAAGAUGACUUCACUGCCUUUAUGGCCACGGACUCUAUCGAUGCGGACGAUCGAAACCAGCCGAGACAUCAGGG